UUUGAACUUUGAAGUACUGGAAGGAUAAAUUGAAUUGUGGACUGAAGUCUAAAAUUAAGCCCGUUAAUCAAAGCCCAAUAAUAUAAUUACACGUGAAACACUGAAAAUUUUACCCUACACCCUAGUGUAGGGUGUGUUCCCUACACCCCUCCUAUGCUACGUCGUUUUGUAGCUGGUAUUGAGUUCUCAUGUGCAGCUUCUUUCCUUUUGCGAUUCUUUCCUUUUUUUUUUUUUCCUUUUUUUCUUUUUUUCUUUUCUUCCUCUUUUUUCCUUUUUUCUUUGUUUCUUAUUAUUCAAUUUAUGUAUAUAUAUGAUUUUAAACCCUAUUUUUUCUCUCUCUUCAAUUGAUCAACCUCCAUUUUUUAUCUACAUUUUUCUCUCGCUAAUUCAUCUUCUUCAUUUGAUUUUUUGAACGAACUCGUUAAUUGUUACCGAUCAUCAAUGGCGAAUUCUGCAUCUGGAGAUUGCGUUGAUUUUGAUCGUGAUUGCGAGCGUGUGUUUCCUUCUGGAGUUCGUUUGGUUGAUUCGUUUGUGCAACAAUUGGAAAAAAAUGAUGAUAUUAUGUAUUUAGAAGCAGAACAGUCUGAAUUAAAGGAUAAAGAAUUUAAAUCUGAAGAUGAAGCUUUUGAAGCGUAUAAUGAAUAUGCUUUUAGGAAAGGUUUUGGAAUUCAAAUUGGGAAGAGUAAGAGAAGAAGAGAUGAUUCUUUUUUGAUGAAAAGAUUUGUUUGUUGUAAUGAGGGAUUCAAAGAUAAUAAGUGUAAGAAUAAAAGGAUUUAUGAGAAGUUGGAUCAUCGAACUGGUUGUUUAGCUUUUGUGCAGUUUCAUAUUGAUCAUUUAGGGGUCUAUACAUGUACAAGACAUGAAAUGGUUCAUAAUCAUGCUAUGAUUCCUCCUGAAAAAAGGCAUUUGAUAAGGUCUCAAAGAGAUGUGAAUAAAGAGCAGCUUCUUUUCAUUUCAACAAUGAAAUUGAGUGGAGUCAAAGUUACUGAUUCUUUGAGGGUUCUAAAGAAGGAGGUUGGGGGAUCUCCUAAUCUUUGUUUUACUGCUUCUGAUGCUUAUAAUGCAUUGUCAUCUGAAAAAGCUGCCCAAAUUGAAGGAUGUGAUAGUAACCAAUUGAUUAAAUAUUUUGCCAAGAGACAUGUGGAUGAGGCAGAUUUUUAUUAUGAUUUUGAACAAGAUGAUAGUGGUGCUUUAGUUAGUUUUUUUUGGCGUGAUGGUAGGAUGAUGAGAGAUUAUCAUUACUUUGGAGAUUUGUUGGUUUUUGAUACAACUUAUAGAACUAAUAAAUAUGGAAUGAUAUGUGCUCCAUUUGUUGGAAUGAACCAUCAUGGUAACAAUGUCAUGUUUGGUAUGGGUUUUAUUCUUAAUGAGCGCACCGAGUCUUUUGAUUGGUUGUUUGAUACAUUUUUGCACUCAAUGGGGAGGAAAAGUCCCAUUACAAUUAUGACUGAUCAAGCACAAGCGAUUGCAGCGGGUAUAAGAAACAUUUUUCCUUCAACUGUUCAUCAUCGUUUAUGUGUAUGGCAUCUUGAACAAAAUUCUAAGAAACACAUUGGAGCAUUGAGAGCUUUGGAAGGCUUUACAGAUUUGUUUGGAUAUCUUUUGAAGUAUUGUGAAACUCCUGCUGAAUUUGAAUAUUUCUGGAAAAGGAUGUGUGAUAAAUACAAAUGUGAAAAUGAUGAUUGGUUAUGUGAUUUGUAUAAAAUAAAGGAAAUGUGGUGUCCUGCUUAUUCUAAGAAGUAUUGGUCUGGUGGUAUAUUGUCUUCUCAACGUAGUGAAACUACUAAUAAGUCAGUUUCACAACGUCUUAAUAAGACUCAAGGUUUAUGUGAUUUUUAUCAUGUUUUUCUUGAUGUCAUUUCUGAGUGGAGAAGUAAGGAAGGUGCAAGAGAUUACAAUACUCUGAGGGGUAAUAGGCACCUAGCUUUUGCUAAUAUUGGUAUAUUAGUUUAUGCAAGAUCAUUGUACACUAUUCAAGCUUAUGUGCUUUUUGAAGAGGAGUUCAUUAGGGGGACAGCUUAUGAUCAUGUUGAUAAUGGUUUGCGUUUUCCAGAAUAUUCAUAUCUUCUUUGGAGGCCUGGGAAGGAUAUAAUUAAGCAUGAAGUUGUUUUUAAUAAGGAAACACAUGCAAUUUGUUGCACAUGCAUGUACUUUAGUGAGACUGGUUUACUUUGUUCUCAUUCUCUUCGAGUAUAUCAUUUGCAUUGUGUGCGUAAUAUUCCACAAAAGUAUAUAAUGAAACGAUGGACAAAGGCUGCCAUGUGUAGUCAUGGUAUUGAAGAACCUACUUUGAGGACAAAUGUUGUGGCUACUAGUGUUUGGAGGUCACAAACAAUCAGAAAGUUUGUUAAGUUGAUAACAAGUUGUCAGAAUUCUUUGAAUGCAAGGGCAGAGGUUGAGUGUUAUUUCAAUCUGUUAAAAGAAAAGGUUGAGAGUGUAUCAGGUGUAAUUGACUUUAGUGAACCUGUUAAAGAGGUUGAAAUUGUUGAUCUUGAGAUCAAGAAUCCUCCAAAAGCUAGGCCUAAAGGUGAGAGGAAUGUAAGGCCUAAGAGCACCUUGGAGAAGCAGAGUAACAAGGCAAAGGGUAAUUUCAAGAGGAAAAAGUCUCUGUACACUCCUUACAAAAGGGGUAUAGGGCAAGCAGUUGUACAGGAACUUGAUGAGAACGGUUGUGCUGUUACUUAUGCUAAUUCUAUUAGUGAUCCCAUCGAAUUGAUUGUUUUGAGCAAUAAACAGGCUCAGGUAAAUUCAAAUGUGCCAAAAAAAACAUUUUAUUUAUAUUUUAUUAAUAUUGAUUUUUAUAAUUUAAAAAUAUAGGUCGGCUUAAAAUCAGCUGUUG